CGCCGGUACUCCCGACUCCGUCCGGGUUUUAGCAGCGAUCACCGACUUGAUGCGCAUCGUGUGAAGUCAACUUUUGACUCGAAAGCUAGAGGAGUUCAGUACACACGAUCAUGGGCAAAAAGAAUGCUCCGUCUUCCCGUGCGAAUAGACCAAGACGUGGUGGACGUGCACAACGACAUAAGAGCACGAGAACCUCUCAGCAAUUUCAGUCAUUGUCUAGCUUCCCCGAAGACUCCGCCAAGCCUUCAAGCAUUAUCGAAGAUGACAGCUCAAAACAUUCCUCAGGUGAAGAUGAUGAAUCCGGGCGACCGCACAUCGAUGUACCCGUGGCGAUGUGGGACUUUGACCAUUGUGAUCCACGCCGAUGUUCUGGGAAGAAACUCGCCCGCCUCGGUCUUAUAACGGAGCUGAGGGUGGGAUCCAGAUUUCGAGGCGUGGUCGUAUCUCCAAAAGGGACCCUCGUCGUGAGUCCAGCAGACAAAGAGAUCGUUGUGCGAGAUGGUGUUGCCGUUGUUGAAUGUUCCUGGGCUCGCAUCGACGACGUCCCAUUCUCGAAAAUUGCCAGCCCACACGAACGACUUCUUCCCUACUUGCUUGCUACCAACCCCACCAAUUACGGCAAGCCUUGGCGGCUGAACUGCGUCGAGGCACUUGCAGCAACUUUCUACAUUACAGGGUUCGAUCAGCAUGCAGAGACCUUGCUCAGUUCGUUUGGGUGGGGCGAUUCUUUUUGGAAAGUUAAUGGUCCAUACCUCAAACGAUACCAAACGUGCGCAUCGGCAGAAGAAGUUGCCGUCAUGCAGGAGACUAUCAUUGCAGAGCUCCAGGAGAGUUAUGAGACAUCACGCAGAGAGAAAGAUGCAGGUAGGAGCACUGAGGAUCUUCUCGUGCGGAAUCCCAAUCAUGCCAUGCCCAGUGAUGAUGAUGGGUCAAGCCUUGCGUCAGAGGGCGACUUAGAGUGAUGUCACUGAAGGUAAAACAUUUAAUUAAAAUUACCUACCACGGUGUCCUUUGGUCUGUUUGCCGGUUCUAAAAAUCAUCGAGCAAUCUUAGGAAUGCAAUAUGUUCUUAACCAAUCUUUCAAAGCUUCCAUGAGAUUUUCGCAUUGGAUACCGCGAGUAGGAAU